AUGCUGAGAUAUCUUCCUCCAUCUGGGACUCGUGAGAUGACAACGCCGCUUUCAUCCUGGCCGAUCUACGAUUGGCCAGGUGUUCAUCUCUGGCAGGAGAGAGUGAUCUCUGGCAUCGGAUUUGAAGAAGGCGACGACGAUGAAACGUUAACCAGAAUAAAGAUCGAUGACAAUUUUUCCUCUGGUUGCCUACUACGUUGUCGUAACGUGGCAAGCGAUAGCGGCAACGAGAGGACACUUGCGGGAAUGUCGGCAUCACAAAACGGAAUAAUGUUUGAAGCGUGGGGAGUCCAUAUGAAGGAUCCGUAUUACACAACUCUCUCCUUUCUCUGUGUAGUAUUGCAGCGAGAAUUCUUUGAUGCUCGCGCGGUAACUUUUCAUUCUUCAUUUUACGAAAUGCCCUUAAGCUGUACAGCAAGGGCUUUGAAGUUUUCGCUAUUCGUUUUCAAUCUAGUUUUUCUGUUGUGUGGGCUUAUAUGUGUAGGAAUUGGCACGUGGUUGGUUCUUGAUAAAUACGCUAUUGACAAUCUUGCUCUAGCUACAGCUCAAAUACAAGGUUACGAGCAGGAAACAGCCCUACGAGAUCUGGCAACAAAGCCAACUGCAGUCCGGCAGAUUGGCUAUUUGCUACUUCUUGGUGGUCUACUCGUUAUAUUUGUCGCGUUUCUUGGUUGCUGUGGAGCUGCGAAAGAAUGGAGGCCAUUACUUUGCUGCUAUGCUACGUGUCUCAUGGUUAUUCUUGCGACUGAAAUAGCAGCAGCAAUCUAUGCAGCAAUGCAUAGUCACAUGUUUGAAGACGACUUCCGUGAAAUAUUGCGCGCUUCUCUUCGUCUCUACAAUGGGACGGAUAACGCUAGGAAAAAAAAUGUGGAUGGUAUGCUCAUGAAGGCAGCAUGGGAUAAGCUCAUGGUGGAGAAGAAAUGCUGUGGAGUGGACUCGAAAGUUGGUGAAUUUAAUGAGUCUGGUUGGUUCCACAUAACGGAAGGACGUCAUAUGUUCCCUCCAGCGUGUUGCCCAGCUGAUACAAAUGGAAAACUCAAACCAAUGUGCCACCUUGUAUCGCGGCAUGUAGAUGGAUGUUAUGCAAAAAUUGCUGAAUCUUUUCAAGAACUCACAUCGCACUUUAAAGUUGUAUCAUGGACUGUUGUACUGAUUGCUUUGAUACAGGUGUUCGGUAUCAUUGUGGGCUUCUGGCUUUGUGACUCAAUAACUUCUGAGGACGAUCUGUUUUAG